AUGGAAGAAGAAUCUAACUCUGAGGGCAGCCACUGUUUUAGAUGUUCUGAAGAUGCAGAAUACUACUGCAGAGAAUGUGAGGAUGACUUCUGUUCACAGUGUAAAGAAAAACAUUUGAUAGACCUUGACUUUCAUACCCAUGAUGUAGUUACAACUGAGAUGAAAUAUGGAAAUAAUACGUAUGAUGUAGCGUGUGAAAAACAUCCAUAUAAUGUCUAUGAUUUGUGGUGUCGAAGAUGCAUGUGGAGUCGUAAAAAUGAUGCGUCGAUGGUUGCAAGGUUUGAUAGGUCAGGAAGACCAAUGCAGAGUUUCCAAUAUAACGAAUCGGGUAAACCCCUUUAUAAAAAAGCAUUGUUUAUAACAGAAAACCAGAACGGUGACGUCAUUGUAUCUGAUUUUUGGUAUGGUGUAGUGGUGGUAAAUCGAGAGGGGAAAUACCGCUUUUCGUACAAGGGUCCUCCAUUGGGACCACGAUUAUCCCCACAUGGUGUUUGCACGGAUGUUUUGAUGCACAUUCUGGUUUGCGAUUACAAUACCAAUAGUGUUCAUAUGAUUGAUAAGAACGGACACUUUUUGCGCUUUAUACUGACGAAUAAACAUGAUAUGAACGAACCUCGAAGCCUUUUCUACGAUAAUAUAAGCCACUUACUUUGGGUUGGAUCAGAAGACAAAUACACCAAUCCUUCUAUUUACAGAUAUAUAAACCGAAAGAAUGUAUAA